AUGCGUUGGAGUAGACUUCUAUAUCUGGCAUUUGCUCCCCUUGCCGCCGCCCAAAUCUACUCUUUUUCUCCCGCAAGCGAUGUCGUCUAUAGCGUGAUAGUACCUGAAAGCACAGUUUCCUCCAACUCCGGGCCGAUCUACUUCCAGAUCCGCGCACCCACCACGUAUCAAUGGGUGGCUCUUGGUCAAGGCUCGCAGAUGGCAGGCUCUAACAUGUUCAUCAUGUACGCCGCCUCUGCGAACAAUGUCACCCUCUCUCCCCGGUCUGGCAGUGGUCACUUCCUGCCGGGCUACAACCCAGAUGCGCAGAUCGAUCUCCUAGACGGUACUGGUAUCAGCAACGGGUCCAUGACCGCCAAUGUGCGCUGCAAUAACUGCCUUCAAUGGACCGGUGGCUCUCUGGAUCCGUCCAGCACCUCAAGUAGCUGGAUCUGGGCAGAAAAGAAGGGUUCCGCGAUCGACUCCAGCGAUGUGUCGUACAGUAUCACACAGCAUGAUUCCGAGGGCGUGCAGUCUGUCAACAUGGCACAGGCCAGGAUGGCUACCGUGGAUGCAUCAAACCCGUUCGCUGGGCUCAACACGACAUCGACCCCACAAACAGCAACAGGGGGGAGCACAACCUCCAACUCGAACUCGGCAUUAAUAGCCCACGCCGUCCUCAUGAGCGUCGCCUUUGUCGUAUUAUUCCCGUUCUUCGCUAUUUCAAUCCACAUCAUCCCCUACUCCAAGGCCGUCACGCGCAUCCACGCACCACUGCAGCUGAUCACCCUGGCUAUGGCCAUCGCCGGACUCGGACUGGGCGUCUACCUCGGCAUCGAUACAGACCAAAUGGACAAGUACCACCCGAUCAUCGGCCUGGUCGUUGUCGGCAUGCUGGUGCUCUUCCAGCCGCUCAUGGGCUUACUUCAACAUAUGCGUUUCCGACGCACCGGCGGAAAGGGCGUCUUCGCAUACAUGCACCGCUGGCUGGGCCGGGCGCUGAUUGCCCUUGGCAUCGUCAAUGGCGGGUUAGGAUUCCUGCUUACCAAGAACUCGGGCCAGGGUGCGCCGAAGGGGGCGAUCAUUGCCUACUCGGUUGUUGCGGGUGUCGUCGGCCUGGCGUAUGUUAUUUUCGUGAUUGUGCUUCCGUUCAGGUCGAAGAAGAGUCCUGAGGCGCAGAAGGAGGUGUCCUCGAAUGGGUCCGGUGAGGGAACUAGGUUGCAGGAGAGGAAUGCUGUCAGUGAUUGA